UUGAAAUGAAAAACACACGUGAUUUGGUGUGAAUUCAUCUUCGAUCAUAUCGAAUUCGAUUGUAAACAACGGGACAAACCAAACGAGCAAUAUACAGUUUUUUUUGUUGUUGUUGAAAUAUUAUUGAACAUUUUCAUCAUAAUCACCAUCAUCAUCAAACAACUGAUCAUUUGGACGAUUUAAAUCAAUUGGAUGAUGUAUUAUUUGAAUUAUUUGUUGAAGAUUUCAUUACCAUGUUACAGACAUUGUUUGAUAGAUGGAUUGUACAACAACAACAACAACAACAUCAAACACGUUAAAAUUGUACAACAAAUUUAUAGACAUAUGGCUUAUGUUAGUAAUAAACGUAUAACAAGAUUAUGUUCAGAUAUUGAAGUUGAUAAAUCGGAAUUAAAUGAAAAUGGUAAUGAAAAAUAUUUGGACGUUCGUUUGAAGAAUCGUAAUCCACGUAAUUUAGAACAAUUACUUAUGGAACCAAAACCAAUGGGUUAUGAAAUGGAUGAACAAAAUCGUCAUUAUUGGAAUAAAGUUAUAUUGGAAAAACGAUCAAAAUAUUUGAUUGGAAAAAUUGUACAUCAUUCUGGAAGAACAAUUGUAUCGGCUUCAACAAAUGAACCAUCAAUAGCUGUAUUUCUUGGUUCAAAAUCAACCUAUACGGAUGUUAAAGCAGCAAAAAUACUUGGUCAAGUAUUAGCUAUGAGAUCAUUAGAAUCAGGUAUUCAUUCAGUAUUUUAUGAUUAUCGUGAACAAAGGAAAAGUGGUGAAAAAUUAUCAUCAUUUAUCGAUGCAUUAAAACAGAAUGGUUUAAAUCUUGAUGAACAACCGGUAAUAUUUUCACGUGCACAACCAUUUAUGUCGAUUGAAAAACGUAAACUCCGACCACGAUGGAUAAGUUUCGAAAAAAUGAAAUCAAUAGCAAGUUCAUUAAGUUAUUUUGCCGUUAUUUUUAUUGUAACCGAUCGUUUUGACAAUGAAAUUAUCGAAUGUUUUAAUGAUAAAUUUCGUAUUAUUGGUCCAUUGGUAAUAACAUAUUGUGAUAAUGAUAUUUGUAAAUGUCCACAUUCAGCAUUGCCCAAACGUACAUGGCCAAUUUUCAGUCAAUGUAUGCGUGGAUUAGAAAUAACAACUUCUAAUCUAUCACAGAAAAAAAGAGAUUUAGUUAAAAAUCGUGUACAAUUAAUGUCCGGAAAUUAUUAUGAAAAUCUUUGUCGUCAAACAAAUGUUGUUGUUUCUGAUUCAGUUCUAACAAGAAAAGCACGUGCAGCUGCUGAAAAUCAUAUAACUAUGGUAUCAUUUGAUUGGAUAGAAUCAUGUUGGACAAAAUAUCAAUAUGAACAUCGAAAAGCUGAUGAAGAAUCAAUUGUUAAUCAAUAUAGAUUACCAUUAUUUUAUGGUCUGAAUAUAACUUCAUCUGGUAUUACUGAACGUGAUAGAAUAAAAAAUAUAUUGCAAUCGAAUGGUGGUAAAUAUCAUCCAUCAUUAAUAUUGAGACCAAUUUUACCAAAUUCAAUAUUAUUGGUGCAGGAAAAACGUGGUGAAAAAUAUUUAAAUGCAAAACGUUUAAAUAUUCCUUGUUUAUUGCCUAAAUGGGUUGAUGAUUCGAUAAAGGCCGGAUUUGUAUUGCCAUUUGAAAAUUAUAAUAUUGAAAAUUUAAUUGAUGAAAAUCAUUCAACAACUAUUACUACUGUGCCAACUAAAAAAUCAAUAUUAACUACCAAUAUUGUUCCAUUUACUGUUGAGAAAUCAAACGAAAAACAAACAAAUUUGCAAUCAAUUUUAAAAGAAAUUAUUGAAUCAAAUCAAUGUAAUGAACAACUUUUCGAUGGUAAUUCAAUUUAUGCAAUAGGAUUUGAUAAAAAUUUAUUGAUUAUGAUAAGAAAUUGUGCACAAAAAUUUGGUGCUUUUUUCUAUGAAUCAUUAUGUGAUUCUGUAACCGAUGUGAUUGUUGGUAAAGAUAUUACUGAAUCAUCUUUUAAACAACUUUUAGAAAAUCAAGAAUAUGUUCAUCGUUUAGUUACAAUCGAUUGGUUUAUUAAUUGUAUUCGAUCAUGUAAACUUUGUUCACAAACUAAUUAUCGUAUUCAUUCAUAUUCACAGCUAAAAAAACAAACAACAUCAUCAUCAUCAUCAUCGAAUACAUUGUCUAGCAAAAAUCUUAACAUAUUUAAAGAAACAAAUCUUUUGAAAAUUGAUCUGAAUGAUAUUUUAAAAUUGAAAUUUGUUGACGAAACUUAUUCUCCCAAGCGAAAUCAUUCAAUAUUAGGUAAUGUUAGCUCGGAUGAUGAUAGUCCGGAUUUUGUUUGGAGUCUUGAGAAAAAAUCCGAUACACCUAGAUCGUCACCUGAAUCAACAAAAAGUAAUGAUGAUAAUAAUGAAUCGAAAAAUUCAAAAAAAUUACGAACAUCAUCAUUAUUCGAUCAUGAAGAAAUGAAUAAUGAUGAUGAUGAUGAUUAUGAUAAAGUAACUGAAAUUGAUACAAAUGAAAAACAAUCAUGUUCAUCAUCAAUAAUGAAUGAUCAAAUUAAAACAAUGAAUUUUUUGGCUGGAUUUAUGUUUUCAGCAUUCGAUGAUGAUUCGAAAACAAAAUUAAUAAAAUUAUCACAAGAUAUUUUAAAUAUUAUCAUAAUUGAUGAUAAAAUAUUUACCAAUGAAGUAACACAUUUAAUAUUGAAUCAACCAAAAUGUUCGGAAAAAGUUUUUGCUGCUAUUUCGGCUGGUGCAUUCAUUCUGAAACCAGAAUAUAUUUAUGAUUCAAUUCAGGCUAAAAAAUUAUUACCAGAACAAAAUUAUCAAUGGGGAAUAGAUUCAAAUGAUUUACAAUCAAACAAUAGUGAUAAUAACAAUAUUCAAUCUGAAUUCAAUGGUAAUCGAUUAAUGAAAUCGGCUAUCGAAUGGAAACAACAAAUUGAUGAAAAUAAUAAUAAAAAAAUAUUUGAAGAUUGGAAAAUUUUAUUAUUGAAUCCAAUGAUUGAUGAUGAUACAUUAUUGAAUUCAUGUGAAAAUAUUUUACGUGCUGGUGGUGCAAAUAUUUUUUCCAUUAAUGAUCUAAUGAUUGAAUCAUGUGAUACAAAUCUUGGUGAAAUAAUCGAAUCAAUUGAUUAUGCUAUUGUUAAUCCUAAUUGGACAAAUAAACCAAAAUUAUCUCGAGGACCAAAAUUGGCCAAUAUGGAAACAUUACGACAACGUUUUUCAAUAACAAAUAAUGAGAUUCGUAAUUGUUUGUCAAGAUUUUAUUGACCAAAAAAAAAUCUUGAAUUUCGAAAAAUAAGU